CUGCCAUAAGAUACUUUCCAAUAAGAUAUUGUUACUUGAAUUAAAUAGUAUAAUAUACUUUAUUAUAACUGUUUUAUGUUCAAAAAUCUGGUUGUUUUUAAUCAAUCUCUCUAAUACAAUAAAAAUAUUUUAGUCUUCGGGAUCAGUUGGAUUUGAAGUUAUUCGUGAUGUGUUUUUAAUUAAAUUAAAUGAGAAAAACAAUGGAUUUGUUAAAAACACCGUCAAUUCAAUCUUUACUAGAUUCCGAUUUAGAAUCAGUUGAAAGUCUGCAUUAUAUAGACUUUGAAGAGCUUGAUGAAGUUGAAUAUGCAUUACCUGCAAGUGAAGCCCCUACUUUAGCAGAAGCCCUAUCUGCAGAAGAUGGAGGAUUUGAUGACAAUGAUGAUAAGAAGAAAAUGUUCAAAGAGCCAAUGACCUGUUCGGCACUGCAACUGGAAUUUCUGCAAGCUAUAUCUCAACAGUUGACUCAGGCACAAGAAAGGUCACUAGCUGGAGCAGCAACCUCCCUCAGUGUUGGCUCUACUGGAAAGACCACAGUAGGAACAGCUCACGGCCAUAUACUGUCAUUCCAAGAUCAAACCUUGAGAUGGGUUUGUGACGCCAAUGAAAAUUGUGGCGCAGUGACGUGCUUAGCGUACAAUAAUGACAGUACACGACUUUUGGCCGGAUACGCGAGAGGACUUAUCUUUCAAUAUGAAAGCGUAAAAGGAGUUAUUUUGAGACGCGUCACACUUGGUGGUGAAACGUGGGGCGCUCUGCGAGUCACGUGGGCAGGAACCUCCGGCCUCGCACUGGAUACAGGUGGUUCAGUCUGGUUAAUGAAGUUCUCGCGUCCGCUUGGUGUGCGCUCCGCCCGGGUCUCGUGCCUAUUCUCCGGCGCACGAGGCGAGGUAGUCGCAAUGUCUGCACGGGACGCCAGAAUCUUGGCUUUGGCGACACUGUCUCGAGUGAUUAUAGUCGCCGGUGGUCGAGCAGCGGGUGUCCGACUUGAAGGACCACCGGAUACUCUCCCAGUUUUAGAGUGGUGCGAGGCCGAUAGUAGAAUCCUGGUUUGCGCGAGAUUUAACACGUUACAGUGGUUAUCUAUCGACAUAACGGGCACAGCCAUAGUUCUUCGGCCAGUACAAAAAGUAGAGUUGAACGCGACGCCUCUCUGGAUGGGCUGGCUUGGCGGCAGCCUCGCUAUAUUCGACUCCAAUGAAAAUCUUCGACUGUGGGGAGAUGAUAACGAUAAGCCCCUAGAUCUCUCCAAUAUUGAGCCGGUAUAUUCGUCAGCAUUUUUCAAGGGCCUUUGGACGGAUGGUCGUGUGUCUCUUGCGAUGUGCAAAGCUGGAGAAAGUGCGUUGGCGGGGAUUUGUGUUGCAGAAGGCUCUCUGUCAAUUCUCGGUCGCAAAGGAAUAAUGCGAGUGCGUCCUCGUGACAUUCUAGCCAGGACUCGGGCGUUCGUCGCGUCCGGCCGGCACCUACAGGCGCUGCGACUGCUCUGUUCCGCACAGGAUCCCAGCGCAAAGACAGUAGCCGUCGACCUUGUCCACAUGCUGGCAGAAAGGCCCCACAUAUUAAGCAAUAAAAAUGUUGCGAUUCAGACUAUUAAACUAUGUUUGAAAUUCGAAUUAAUCGAGGAGUUAUGGACAAAUUUGUGGGAGAAUUGCUCGACUGAAAAAGCUUUCGUGGAAGCGUUGGGAGAUGCUAUCGUGCGCGGAGAGUUUUCUGCCACGCCGCCUUCGCCUGAUUACACACAAGCGCUGAUAGAGCGGCUUGCCGAGUUCGAGCCGGAGCUGGUGGAACGCGUGGUGGCAUCGGUGCCGCUCACGGCGCUUGACCCACACCGAGCCAGCGUCUUCACCAGGGAGAAGGGUUUGUGGCGCGGCGUCGGCGCUAUCGCUGCUGCUAUAGACGGCAGUAGCGGUGCGAUGCGCACGCUGUCCGAGCACGUGUCGAGCACGUGCGACGCGCGGUCGGGCGGACGCUGCAGCUGCGCGGGUGGCGCACUACUGCUGGCGGCGGCGGACGCGCUGGCGGGCCGCGGCGCCGCCGGACGACCGCUGCCCGAGCACGCUCGCCCCCUCGCACGACACGACGCUCUGCACGCACUACUGCAUCAUAUGGGCAGCGGCGAGUCCCCGCUGGCGGUGCUGGUGCGGCACGAGGCGGCGGCGGCGGUACGGCUGCUGGAGCAGGGAGCGCGCGACCCGCCCUUCGCCGGUCCGCUCGCCAAGCAGAACCGACUGCGUGUCGCCCGCGCGCUGCUCGCUUUAGCCCUCGCACCUCCCCCCGAGCCCGACAUGCAGGAUCCCGGGUGUCAGAUUGAGAUACUCGAUUUUAUAAGCGGGCAACUGCAGUCAGGCGCGCUGCCGCUGGACCAGGAGGUAGUGAACGGCGUCCGGCAGCUGGCCACAGCGGCCGAGGGCGAGCGCGCCGACCGCGCCUGGCUCGGCCUCGUGACGCGGCUGCGCGCGCAGCGCGACCAAGCCCUCGCCGCCUACAGGGACGCCAUACCGCGCCCGAGAGUACUCUGGCGAUUCGACGUCCUGCUCGAUAGACACGAAAAUGUUCUAGACCAGUUUUUUAAAAUACAACAGCCUUCCUCGUUAGAUCUGGACGAACUCAUAGAAUAUAUCCGAUCGAGGUUCCAAGUGGACGAUACCAUAAAGGCACGGUUGCAGCCGCACCUGAAAUCUCUUAUUGAAUUUCGACCGCAGGCGUCCGCGGCUAUAGUCAAGGACCAUUAUGAAGCAUCGAUAGCUAACAUUUUAAGUACGCUGGAAGGGGAGUGCGCACUAGAAUUCGGACGGCGACUUCUGGACAUGGGGAGCCUCAAGGGCGACGCGGCGGCCAUAUAUCUCCGGAGGCUAUGCACGUUGCGGCCUACGGAGGUUAAAAAAUUCUUAGAGAACGGCGCCGGUGUAGUUCGACCGGAGGACGCUUUGGCCAUAAUUAAGGAGCUCGGUCCGAAAGAGGCCGAGCCGACGUGCCUCGAGGCUACGGGCGACCCUUCCGGGGCGCUCGAUUCGAUGUUGGACCUGAUUUCGUUGAACGCUGACACCAAAGCGGCUCGCAUCGCCGAAGCGUGCGAGCUAUGCGUGCGCGUUGCGCCGAGUGCGCCGCCGGAACUCUCCGCGGAGAUGUGGACACGGCUGUUGCGGCGGGUCGACGAGGUGCCCCCCUCCUUGCUAUUCGAGGCCAUAGCCUAUUUGCCAGUCGACGAACUAUUGGUGAAAACUUGUGAUUCUCCAAAAGUGGCGCUCACCAUACUGGAGAGCGGCGCGGGGAGGUUGCGCGUAUGGGAAUGCGCGAGAAGAAUAGCAGAGCAGGAAUCUCACGGCGCUUUGGCGAGUGCGCUGGCGAAGGCGCGAAAAGGUGUGGCGGUGCGAGGCGACUGCCUGCACUGCGGCGAGAGAUUGGUGUCGCGGAUAGCGGCGCGCACGGCGCACUGUUCGCGAGCAUUUCACGCCGAUUGUGACGGUGCGACCGUCUGCCCCACUUGCGGCAAAGGUAUUCCCACUGAGGUGUACGUGUUGCCGCCUCUCAGUCGCCGCCUGUUCUCGUCGAUACCGCAGGACAAUCCACUGCUAUUGGCUGCACCUCCUAGACCGGACCUCGAAGGCGUCGCAUAAAUAAGUUAAAUAAUAAACUAAGAACUGAACUAUUUAUAUUGUUACAUUUAAUUGAACUUAAAUAAAGCUAUUAUCUUAAUAAAAAUUGACACGUUCCGAGUAUGUUCACAAUAAGUGCAGACUUGUAAGUAUAAUACCUAUAUGUUACUAUCUUGUAUCUAAUAUUGUUACUUUCUAGCUGUAAUUCUACCACAUAAAUAAAUAUACAAAUAUAUAUUGUUUUUUUAUUCUAACUCAACCAGCGCUAGUUUCGCGUCCAUCGAGCUAUUUUCCUGUAGUAACGUAGAUUAACGUUAAGGAAGAAAGUAAGUUAAUAACAAAUAUAUACAUCCACAAUGUAUAUAAAGUUUAAUCAAAAAUUUAACUUCUACAUCCAGGAGAAAUUGAACUUAGAAUAAGAUUUUCGAUAUGAAUCUGUUUUUAUUAAAACAUAAAAUGAAUAUAAAGAAAACACGUUACAUAUAACCCUUAUUCUAUAAUAUGUACUUUCAAAGAGUUGAGUGAUUCCAACUACCAAGUUUAGUGCAGUUAGAGCAGUACAAUCCACAACUUCAUUUCCUUUACAAAACCCAAUGAUGACAAUCUGUGUAAAUAAAUUUCUUUUAAAUAUUUUAUCUAUGCAAAGGACAAUGACAAAUUUUUUCACAAAAUAAUUUUAUAGUCAAACAUGGAUAUCUGGCCCGAUGAGAAAAGGCUUCAUAUAUUUUCUUAGACAAGUAAUUGCGGUAACCUCUCUGACCGGCUCAGAUAUCGAUAUAUUCUUGUCGCACUUUUAUGUUCAGUUUAUAUGAAGCCUCUUUACUAAAAAAAUGAAUUCCUAAUUUUAACAUAAUAUGUAUUGCAAUUAUUACUACACGGUAGUCUCCCUUUGUAUUAAUUUUUUUUUAAAUAUGAUAUUAAUUUUAUUGUACGAACUUGAAUAAUCGAGAGCAUGCGCCAAACAAAUAAUUGAUCAGUUAAUUUAACAAUUAAUAAAUAUUU